CCCGCUUCCGCCUGUGGUGGCCGUGAGGGGUCUCUGGGCCGCGGGGGUCGGCGCCAUGUCGGGGCCUGCUCCGGAUCCCGGCGAUCCCGCGGCCAAGCGAGCGGAUCCCUUGGAUCUGUUGGAAUCCUGCGGGCUCUGCCGGAGCCGCCUGAAGGCCGAGAGGGAGCCGAGGCUGCUGCCCUGCCUCCACUCGGUCUGCAAGGACUGCUUGAGGCCCUCCCCGCAGCCUGCCGCCGGUCCGGGCCCGGGGCGAGCAGUGGUCUCCUGUCCCCUCUGCCACCAGCUGUGGGCCCUGGAGGAGGUCACAGAGAACUUCUUCCUGAGAGACAGCAGUGCCCAGCAGGCUGCCCCCAGCCCUGGGCCCAGCCAGUGCUGCACCAGCUGUGAGGACAAUGCUGCUGCCACCAGCUACUGCCUGGAGUGCUCAGAGCCCCUCUGUGACACCUGUGUGGAGGCUCACCAGAGGGUCAAGUACACCAAGGACCACACUCUCCAGGCUGCAGAGAGCAGCAGGGCCAAGGAUGCUUCCCGCCCCAUCUUCUGCUCCGAGCACCACCAGGAGCCCCUGGCCCUCUUCUGUGCCACCUGUGAGGCUGUCACCUGCCGCCACUGCCAGCUGGGUGCCCACAAGGACCACCAGUACCAGGCCCUGGAGGACGCCGUCAGGAGCCAGCGCAAGACCCUGGUGACCCUCCUGAAGCACCUGGGAGACAAGCACGCCACCCUGCAGAGGGCCAGCAAGGAGGUCCGAGGCUUCCUGCGGCAGGUGGCGGAGGUGCAGCAGAAGGUGCAGGUGGAGGUGAAGGUGGCGAUCCUGCAGGUCAUGAGGGAGCUCAACAAGCGCAGCAAGGCGCUGCUCGGCGACGCCCAGAGGCUGCUGGAGCGCCAGCAGGAGCGGCUGGAGAGGCAGCACUGGGCCAUGGCCGGGCUGCAGCAGCGCCAGGAGCACCUCCUGCGCUUCGCCUCCCGCGCCCUGGCCAGCCCCGACCCCGCGGCGCUGCUGCUCUCCAAGAAGCUGAUCUGCUGCCAGCUGCAGGAGGCCCUGGGGGUGGUGGUGGAGCCUGUGGAGCCCCAGGGGGGCCUCAAGUUCCAGUGGGACCUAGAGGCCUGGACCAAGAGUGCUGAGAACUUCGGUGCCAUCGUCCUGGAGCGUGGAGUCCCCUCCUUGGCCACCAGCCCCCAGAUGGCCGAGAGCCCUGCCCCCAGCCAGCUGA